GGCGGCAGUGCCGUCGUUUACGUGGAGGUACGAUCGUCGCGAGAACCCGCUCUCGGCCUGGUGGACGAUACCCCGGUGCCGGACCUCUCGUGUCCGGUGGAAGGCCAGGCUGCCGCGGAAUAAAUCGCGCGAUAUAUAGCUCGCGGGCAACUGAAAUUCUCCCGCGAAUCGCCGCGAGGGGCGAAUCUGAAAGAGAGGGAGGAGAGGAAGAGAGCAAAACAAACAUGCCGUGACCUCCCUCAGAUGUGACAAUGUGUACAACCCGACGAAGUCGACGGUGCUCAUAGCGCGUGCGACUUUCGAUCGCAUGCCACCGAAGCCGUAGACGCUUCGUCGUCAUCGUCGUCGUCGCCUUAGCCGCGUGUGUAAUCGUGUUGUGCAGUGAUAUCUCGAUCCUGACCUCCCCCCCCAGCUUCUACCACCAUUCAGGUGCUCAGACCGAUCGCGAUGACUACGAGGGAGCUCUACGUUAAGGGUGGCCGAGUAUGGGUGCCACAUCCGGAGAAAGUGUGGGAGGGCGCCGUGCUCCUGGAGGACUACAAACAGAAUCAGUCGACGCUGAAAGUACAAACGGAAGAAUCGAAUCAGACGAAGACGUUGGAGAUCAAAUCAGACGCGGAUCUUCCACCGCUCCGAAAUCCGGACAUUCUUAUAGGAGAAAAUAAUCUCACGUCGUUGUCCUUUCUUCACGAGCCCGCCGUCCUCUACAAUCUUCAGAUCCGCUUUCAACGGCAUUCCAUCUACACCUACUGCGGCAUCGUCCUGGUAGCCUUCAAUCCGUACAACGAAUUACACAUCUACGGCAAUGACACGAUAUGGGCGUACAGGGGCCAGGCGAUGGGCGACCUGGAACCUCAUAUAUUUGCCGUAGCCGAGGAAGCCUAUACGAAAUUGGAGAGGGAGAAUCAUGACCAGUCGAUUAUCGUCUCCGGCGAGUCGGGCGCGGGCAAAACGGUCUCCGCAAAGUAUACCAUGCGGUACUUUGCGACCGUUGGCGGAUCGGCGACGGAAACGCAAGUUGAGAAGAAGGUUCUGGCUUCUUCCCCCAUUAUGGAGGCGAUAGGUAACGCGAAAACCACUAGGAACGACAAUUCCUCGAGAUUCGGCAAGUUUAUUGAAAUUCAUUUCAACAAGAACUACCAUAUCACUGGCGCCAGCAUGAGGACCUACUUGUUGGAGAAGUCGCGGGUUGUGUUCCAGGCGAAUGAGGAACGGAAUUAUCACAUAUUUUAUCAGAUGUGCUCGGCGGUGAAACGUCUUCCCAAAUUGUAUUUAUCCGACCAGGAUCAGUUCCACUAUCUCAAUCAGGGCGACAAUCCCACGAUCGAUGGCGUGGACGAUCUCGCGUGCUUUGACGAAACAAUCAGUGCACUGACGAUGCUCGGCUUCACGUCCAAGCAGCAGGAAGAUAUGCUGCGCAUUCUAGCCGCCAUAUUGCACUUAGGUAACGUAGAGAUAAGUAGUUGCAAAAUUAAGGACGCGGGGGAUGAGGAAGUGGACACCGAAUCCAGCUACAUCUCUCCAUCGGAUCGACAUUUGCUGAUUAUUUCCGAACUACUCGGUAUCGACGUGAAAGCGAUGCGUAAGUGGCUGUGUCAUCGAAAGAUCGUGUCAAUGCGAGAAGUCUUUCUGAAGCCGAUGAACGUGGAGCAGGCGAUCGGCGCGCGGGACGCCCUGGCCAAACAUAUCUACGCCGAGCUCUUCAAUUGGAUUGUGAUUGGCAUCAACAAUUCCUUACAGUCUCUCAGCAAAGCACAGCACUUCAUCGGUGUGCUGGACAUCUACGGCUUCGAGACGUUCGAGGUGAAUUCGUUCGAGCAGUUCUGCAUUAAUUAUGCAAACGAGAAGCUCCAGCAGCAAUUCAAUCAACACGUCUUUAAGCUGGAACAGGAGGAGUAUUUGAAGGAGGACAUUGAGUGGACCUUUAUCGACUUUUACGAUAACCAACCAUGCAUCGAUCUGAUUGAGACCAAACUCGGUAUUCUGGAUUUGCUGGACGAGGAGUGUCGUAUGCCAAAAGGCUCGGAUGCCUCCUGGGCGGAGAAACUGUAUGCGAAAUGCGGCAAGUUGAAACAUUUCGAGAAGCCGAGAUUUGGCACUUCAGCUUUCCUGAUUCAUCAUUUCGCCGAUCUCGUACAGUAUGAGACAGUGGGCUUCCUGGAGAAGAAUCGUGACACGGUGAUCGAGGAACAGGUAGACGUGCUGAGAGGCAGCGAGAACAAACUAUUGAAGAAACUAUUCAGCGACGAGGAUCCGAAACUGGCGGUACCACAUGUUAGAGUGAAAGUGUCUACGCAAAAAAGUGCACCGAUAAACGCAUCUAACAAGCAAAACAAAAAGACUGUCGGCUCGCAGUUCCGAGAUUCGCUCAACAUGUUAAUGACCACGUUGAACGCCACAACGCCGCACUACGUCCGCUGUAUCAAGCCCAAUGACUCAAAAGAGGCUUUUGAAUACAAUCCGGUACGAGCGGUGCAGCAGCUGCGCGCUUGCGGUGUUCUGGAGACCAUCAGAAUUUCGGCCGCGGGCUUUCCAAGUCAGCGAACGUACGGUGACUUCUUUCAAAGGUAUCGGUGUCUCUGUAAAUUCAAGGAGAUACGGCGGGACGAUUUGAAGGAGACUUGCCGACGUAUAUUGGCCAGAUAUAUCAAAGACGAGGAUAAAUUCAAGUUUGGCAAGACCAAGGUGCUCUUUAGAGCUGGUCAAGUAGCGUAUUUGGAGAAACUACGAGCGGAGAGACAACGGGACGCUUGCGUGAUGAUACAGAAAACCGUGCGCGGUCUGAUCUAUCAUAACAGGUACAAGAAGAUCCGUCGGUCUAUCCUCGGUCUUCAAAGGUAUGGCAGGGGUUAUAUUGCGCGACAGAAGGCGGAGGCUAUUAGAAGGGAGAGAGCCGCGAUAAAGAUACAAUCGCACGUAAAGAGUUGGCUGCAGAGACGAUGGUAUCUGCAGGUGAAACGCACAAUCCUCGGCCUGCAGACGUACGGCAGGGGCAAUAUGGCUCGCGUCAGAUAUAGGAUAAUGAAGGACAAUGCUGCCGCGACGGUGAUUCAAAGAUUCGCCCGGGGAUAUCUCGUAAGAAUGGCGUGUAAGAAGAAACUUAGGGAUAUAAUUAUUGUGCAGUCGUGCAUUAGAAAGCGUCAGGCAAAGAAAGUCUUUAGACGAUUGAAAGCCGAAGCUAAAAGCGUAGAGCAUGUGAAGACCCUCAAUAAAGGAUUGGAAAUGAAGAUCAUCACGUUGCAACAAAGGAUAGACGAAUUUGCAAAGGAAAAUCAUUUCUUGAAGAAUAUGCAAAACGAAAUGAUAGACUUGAAGCACAAACUGGACAGCUUGAAAUCCGUCGAUAUUGAGAAUAAAAAAUUGACGAAAAUAGUGCAGGAAAAAGAAAAGGAAUUGAAAAAUAUACAGGAAAUUUUGAAACAGGAGAGAGACGAAAAGAUGGAUAUAUUGCACGAUAAAGAGAGGAUUUCUCUACAAAAGAACGAGGAAAUUAAAAAGUUGCAGCAGGAGAACGAGAUAUUACGAAAGGAUCUUUCAAUUGCAACCGAAAAGUUGAAUAGCAACCAACGUGGUGCCGAGGAAAAUCUAAAAUAUCGUCUCGAGCAAGAGAAAGAUCUGCUUCAGCUGGAACAGGAUCAGGAUCGCACAGCUUAUCAGAGACUACUCAAGGAAUACCACGAGCUAGAACAACAUGCGGAAAUGUUGGAACAAAAACUAGCGUUACCUGGACAUUCGCGUUCCUUGAGCAAUGCUUCCAGCAGCAGUGGUCAAAUCGCGUCUACGGAAAAUCCACAAGAUGAUCAAAACAUCGAUUUUGGUUACGGUUCUGUGAGGUCCACUGCUUCCUCGUCGACACCUUACUCGCGAGUAGAAACGAUUGACUGGAAUCAACAACGGUCAGAUAGUCCACCGGACGGAGAAGUACAGUCGAAUAAAUCGCCUUCGGAAAAAUACGGAUCUACGCACGCACCCGUGGACAUUGGUCUCGUUCUAAAGUUGCAACAGAAGUUGAAGGAUGUCGAGAAAGAGAAGGGCAGAUUGAUCAGAAUGGUCGAAGAUCUGGAACGCGAUAAUAACGAGGAGUCCUCCAGAACGCAGGAUUCGUUCAGACUCCAAGAACUGGAAAUGGAGAAUUCACAACUUAAAAAAGACUUGAAUUCAUUGAGGAAGACAGUGUCAUCGGCCAAUCCAUCAUCAGCGCAACAAAAUCUCAUGAUACAAUUCGAGGCUCUGCAAGAAGAACUGGAAAGAAGAAGAGAGGAGUGUAUCCAGCUGCAUAGCGUGCUGGCUGAUCACACACGCAGGAUGAAGAGCUUAGGUGCCAACUACGGUCGUGACGUAGACAUCAUAAAUGAGGACGGCGAGCUGGUACUUGCCUUCGAAGCGCAGAAAAAGAUUAAUAGACAACUGGAGGAUGAGCUGCAAGCAAAAGAAAGGAGUUGGCGAUCUCAAAGAGAUGAAUGGCGAAACGAAAUAGACAGGCUGCAAGAAGAAAUAGAGAAGCAGCAAAAAUUACUUUCCAUUAAUUUAAGCAAAUCGCCGCAGACCCAAACGGAACUUUACAUGCAGCAUGAGGUUGCUAGAUUAACGUCUGAAAAUUUAGAACUGCAAGAGAAAUAUGAUAAAAUAGCAGAAGAAUGCAGACGCUAUAAGAAACAAUGUAAAAUCCUGGCAAAGCGUCUCAAAGAUGCAGGCUUGCCUAACGCGGUGGAAUACGCAAACGGCACCGCCAUUGUUUCCAGUACUCACGCAGAUGGAAGUAACAUGCCUGUCAUUCGCAAGAAAGAAAGAGAUUAUGAAGGAAUGUUUGAAUUCAGGAAAGAAGAUAUUAACGUCAUUAUACGUCAUCUAGUCAUUGAACUGAAACCUCGUAUAGCAGUGACACUGCUACCGGGUUUACCGGCCUAUAUCCUCUUCAUGUGCAUCAGGCACACUGACUGUAUCAACGACGAAGAUAAGGUUCGAUCGCUGUUGACCGAAUACUUGAACGCCGUUAAACGCGUGCUGAAGAAGCGCGACGAUUUCGACUCCAGAGUACUCUGGCUGAGCAACACCUUGCGACUGUUGCACAACAUGAAGCAAUAUUCCGGCGACAAGCCAUUCCAGAUCGAGAAUACACCUAGGCAAAACGAGCAGUGCCUGAGGAACUUCGAUCUGAGCGAGUAUCGUGUUGUACUGAGCAACGUGGCACUCUGGAUUUUCAACAAUCUUGUCACGAAUCUCAAGGAGAGAAUCCAGGCGCUUACGGUACCAGCCUUGCUGGAGCACGAGGCCAUACCAGUGCCGACCGAUAAGACCGGUCGACCCAGGUCAUCGUCGAUGGGCGGCGAACCAGACUCCACGCAGCAGAAACUAGAUAAACUUCUCAACGAAUUAACAUCGGUGCACAAGACUUUGCAGUAUCACGGCGUCGAUCCCGAAGUUGUGGUGCAGCUGUUCAAGCAAUUGUUUUACUUUAUGUGCGCCAGCGCUCUGAACAAUUUGCUGCUAAGGAACGAGCUCUGUCGGUGGACGAAGGGAAUGCAAAUAAGGUAUAAUAUGAGCCAUUUAGAGCAAUGGGGUAGAGAUCGACGACUAGAGGCUGCGUCCGAAGCACUUCAACCCAUCAUACAAGCGUCUCAGCUUUUGCAAGCUCGUAAGACAGACGAGGAUGUUAAUUCCGUCUGCGAGAUGUGCAACAAACUCACAGCUAAUCAAAUAGUGAAAAUCCUGAACUUGUACACCCCAGCCGACGAUUUUGAGAAGCGAGUUCCUGUUUCGUUCAUUAAGAAAGUGCAAGAUAAACUGAAAGAACGUGGCGAGAACAACGAACAGCUGUUAAUGGAUCUAAAGUAUUCCUAUCCUGUAAGAUUUCCGUUCAAUCCGUCGGACAUUCGAUUGGAAGACAUCGAGGUACCCGAGGUGCUUCAUUUGCCCAUGCUCAAAAAGAUAUAAUGCAACAAGGCAAGCAUAAUCUUGAUCAAGAUUUUCCCGUUCUAUUCCAAUCUUUAGUUGAAAAUGUUAUUCUCGCGGAUAAUCGACACUCGCUUAGCCCAAUCCUUAUUCGUACGUGAAUUAGGGAUA